AUGCAGCCUCAGUAUCGUGCUUAUGCGCAGCAGGUUCCGCAACGCUCGCCUCAUGCGACAAAUCAGCGACGUGGUGGAAUUGGGCCCAUGAUGUCCUCAGGGCCUCACCCUUCGGUUCCCCUCACCCAGGCACAGAUUGCUCAGCAACAACAGGUUCAGGCUCACGCCAGUGAGCUAGCUAAGCGACGUAGUCGAAAGCCUACAGAUAAAAACAUUCCCGAUGGAGUUGAGGACAGCAUUGUUGAUCCAGACGGUGUUCAGCGGUACAAAGAACUGCGAGAUGUCGAACGUCGAAUUGAUGCUACUAUCACACGAAAGCGUCUGGACAUUGUCGACUAUACCAGCCGUGGAUCCAAGAGAUACAAAACAUUGCGAGUUUGGAUCAACAACACGGUCGAGGAUCAAAUCUGGCAGAGCAAUGGACUGAACUCUGAUUCGUUUGACUUUACCCCUAGCAUGGAGGCGUCAUACCGAGUCAAGAUUGAAGGUCGUCUACUCGACGAUCAAGACGAGGAGACCGAGCAGCCCAAGAAACAGGAGUCAACCACAGAAGAAGGAAAGGGGACAGACGACUCAGCACUGAAGUCCAAAGCACAAGAGAAACCCCGAUUCUCGCACUUCUUCAAGUCUUUGACAGUCGAUUUCGACCGAUCUCGGUUCCGAACAGGCGCCGAACAGACAGUGGAAUGGAAGAAGCCAGAUGCUCCGGCCCGAAACCAACCAGCUGCCAACCUUCCAGCAGCCGCUGAUUUCGAUGAACUCACCUUCAAGAGAAAUGGAGACGAAAACCAAAACAUCACUAUCAACUUGUUCCGUCAGGAGACACCCGAGAGAUACCAACUGACCCCUGAGCUUGCCGAAGUGGUUGAUAUGAAAGAUGCUACCCAUCAAGAGGCUGUCAUGGCUCUCUGGGAGUACAUCAAGUUACUUGGACUACAGGAAGAUGAGGAGAAGCGCAAUUUCCGGUGCAAUGAGCCUCUCAAGAAGGUUAUAAGGCAGGGCGACAUCGGACACAUCCCUUUGCUCAACGAGUAUGUCCAGCAACACCUGCGACCUCUGGAGCCAAUUCGCUUGCCAUACACCAUCCGAGUUGACCAGGAGUUUCACAAGGAUCCCCAGCCCACGAUCUAUGACGUCCAAGUUCCUGUGGACGAUCCUCUACGUGAUACUCUCUUGCCUAUGCUCAACAACCCUCAGUACAUUGCAAUGCUCAAGGACGUGACGGGGCUUGACGACCAGCUCGCCAAGGUGGUUCAAGCGAUCGCCGUGUCGAAGGCCAAGCAUUCGUUCUUCCAGUCUCUUGGCAAGGAUCCUACCAACUUUAUCAAGAACUGGCUAAGUUCUCAGAAAAGAGACCUCGAGGUCAUUAUGGGAGAAGCGCCCAGAGGAGGUGGAGAGCAUGCAUCGGGUGACGAGUGGCGCCGUGGUGGAAAAGAUAGCGUCUGGGCUACUCAAAAUGCGCGAGAGAGUGUUAACGUCUUGCUCUCAAAGCAGCAACGAUAA